UUUGAGAUGUGUUACACUACUUUCAAGAGUGAACUAUUGUAUUGUAUUUAUUUUCUACAUGGUGUUAAUGCUGUGAGGUCAUCAACGGGAGCCAUGCUUUUACUCCUCGGUUUGCUCAGAGCCUGAUGAGGAGAGGCUAAUAUAGUUGUGUAUGGCAGUCCAGACGGCAGCAUCAAGCUUGGCGUUGUAUUUGUAUCCAUUCCAUGCAGUCACCAAAAGAGAGACAACCGGCAGAAUUGUGUCCAGAGACUUGUCUUCCACCUACACCUCACCAGAGACACAACGCAGAAAGACCCUGCACUGCUAUGAUGGUGUAGCCCAGCACGCCAUCAAUGAGCCGAGUCCAACCUCGGUAAGGACCCAGAUGUCCCAGAUGGGACACCUGAUCUAUUUGAGGGAGGAGAGGAGGAUGACCCCACCAUGUCCUUGCCCGACCUCGAUGACCGUCUCCCACCAGUCCCUCCACUCAGGAAGGCCACUCCACCGCCCACUCAACCCAUCCCAGGUACCUGUCGUCACACCCCCUGAUGACACUGCACCAGCUGCCAGUCAGGACCCAGGGGAUGAUGAGUACAUAGGACCUGAUGGGGUUAGUGGAUACCAGCACGUGGUCCUCCUGGCCACUAGUCAGCCACUGCCACCUCCACCCAGUCUGUAUUCCACCUCCCUCCCUAUAAACGCCAGUCUUCCAAGACCUGCCUUCGACCUCCACUCCUCUUCCCCCUCCUGCUGGUGGACCCAAGGUUUCCAGGACCACCGAAUGGAGGAGGAGGAAGAAGCUGGAGUCUGGCAUUAAAGUCAGAGCGCACAAGCCAUACGAAGGCUAUAAGUGCUCUAAAUGUGGCAAGCCUAAAACUUCUGAGUUUGGACACAGUAUGUAUGGUUCUGUGCCGCUACCUCUGGUGGCCAAACUGUGGAGGAGUGACUGGCACUCAUGAGGACCCAGCAUGGUGCUAGCCAAGGCCAGUAAACUCUGACUCGUGUGUACAUUGUAAAGUUGUUUUUGUACGUAUGUUCUUUGUAAAAAAAAAAAGUACGACGUUCAUUGUUAAUCUCUUGUACAUUUAGUUAUUUUAAAAUCAUCUUAACUUGUACAGUAGGAUGGGUUGUUUCACACAUGACAUUCCCUGUGAAAUAAAUAAUUGAAUGC